AUGCUUUCAGAGUACCAUUUGUUUGUGGAAGAAUUUUGCAAGAAUCCUGGCAUCACUUGGUUUAUGAAACCGUACAUCCCACUGAAGGCCUGGUUAUACAGAGGUGGAUUUGCUUGCUUUUCUAAUACACGAUUUACUCUGAAUAGCAGAGAUGAUUGCUAUGUUCAUCUCACAAAUGUGGCAGUGCAAAAGACUGCAUCUGAUUAUGAUCCCGGGAAGGGCUGCAAGCUGGUGACUGACCAGCUUGGACAGUGCUCGACCGCCAGGUGUGGGGCAGGGUUGGUGGAAGUUCUCUUUGCGGAUAUGGACAACACUUACAUCCACAGCCUCCAGAGUGUUCAGAAGGUGAUUAGCAGUGACAAACACUGCUUUGAGCUCUACAGCUAUGACAUCCUGAUCCAUCAGGAUCUGAAACCAGAAGGCUGGCUUCUGGAGGUAAAUGCUUCACCUUCCCUCACUGCCAGUAGCCAGGAAGACUCUGAACUCAAGUGUCAUUUUCUCAAAGACACACUUCAUAUUGUGGACAGGGAGAGCAGGCGGGUGAAGAUGUUUAUUACCUUCUGCUGCUACGAUGGCAGGAAGAAACAACUGAAGCAGCUUUUCAGGAAUCUUCCUGCACAGCAGAAAGUGUAAUGCUGAUCCCAAGCUUGGGAUGGGAGAGGUCACCAUGGAUGAAUUUCACUCUCUCUUCCAUACAUCGGGCAGCAGCAGUUCCCAUUUCUGUCUGGACACUGCUGGCUCAGCACAAGACAUUGGCCUUCUUGCUUCUGAAGGUUUCCCGGCUUGGAAGCUGCAAUGGGCUUGAAUGAGAUUAUUUCAUAAUGGCUGACACAAGGGAUGCUGGCUUCUCAGCUGUCCAUCUGCACAUGCACUUAGUUCUGUACUGUGCACGAAAAUAAGAGGGGCUAAACACAUUCUGCACAGCAAAACAAAGCUUUUAGGGAAGGCAGGCACCUGAUCAUCCUACUGCUACUACUAUGGAAACAUGUCAAGAGCAGAAAACCUGUUGCCAUGAUACUGUAAAAAUAACCUCGCCAUCACAUGUUACGGAGAGGCUGACUGGCUGUACUACACAGGUUAUGUAAGAGUGCGGCUCCAACACAGGGACUUGGCACUGUGUACUGCCGCUCGCUUCCAGAAGAGAUGCAAUUUUCUGAAAAAGCUACAGGCGAGAGCGUUCAGGUAGUAAGUCAAUGUUAUUUUUAAUCAUUGUAUCUGGAACUCAAGCCUGAAGUGGACAGCCUCGCUUCUUGCAGUUGUUCAUUUAAGGUAUGUGGUGUUGGCUACAGAAUGUUAAAACUUAGGUCAAGCAAUGGUAGUUAGCUUUUUAGAUUUAAAGAAAUCACACCAGUUUUAAGGAGUCUGAAACAGACUAUUUUUGGAACUCUGCAGAAUUUGACGCGUGUGUGGAACUGGACAACGCAGCACAGGGCUGCCUGGAGGAGGCACCUCUGGCCUGUUAACCUGGAAGGCGGUCAGGGAGCCAGGAAACCGGCGGAGCUGCGCUUAAAGUUCUGCAUAGCUGUGCAGAAGGGAAGAGAGCAAGGGAUGGGGCCCAGCUCUGUGUUACACAUGCGUGGUUUAACAGAACGGGUGAGCUACCUCGAGAGCUGGAGAAAGAAGGUCAACUGCCAUGUUUAAAGAUUUAAAUUCUAUCCAGAAAUAUCUUUACAAAAGUUGAAAAAAGAAAGGGCUCAACAGGACCUAGACGCUUUUCUGUACACAGAAAUAAAAAUAAAUAUCAAACUCACUAUAGUCCAUUACUAAUUACAAUUAAUUUUUUAAAAUCUUCUUAUGGUUUUAACCAAGUUGUGCUGGGGUAGCAAGUUCAGACUAAAGCGUAGAAGACAAAUUUUAAAACCUUUGAAGAAACUAUUGCUGGUUAGAUCAAUUGUCCUUUUACUACAAGACAGACUCAGUGACUAUCCCUGCUCUGUCCUCUUCAGGUUGCUUUUUUAAAUAUACAUACAUUUUAUCCCUUCA